AUGGCCGCCCUUAUCGCUCGCCCCCUCGCUCUGAAGGCCCUCAAGGCCAACCGUGCUCAGAAGUGCUCUGGCCGCCGCAUCGCUGUGUGCCGGGCCGAGAACAAGCCUCAGGAGACCAUCAACUACGGGGGCCAGAGCUACACCCCUGCUGAGUGGGAGGCUGCCAAGGCUUCCGGCAACCUGCCCACUGCGGAGCCUGUCCCGGUGGCUGCGGCAUCCACCCCGGCCCCUGUGGGUUUCAGCUCUCUGAUGGCAUUCUCCGGCCCUGCUCCUGAGCUCAUCAACGGCCGCCUGGCCAUGCUGGGUGUUGUCGCCGCCAUCGCCGCUGAGCUGGCAUCUGGCGAGAGCGUCCUCAAGCAGGUCUCCGACGAGCCUACCGGCAUUGUUUUUGCCUUCGGCAUCUUCAUUGCAGCCAGCUUUGCCCCCCUCCUCAGCAACGUCCUGCCAUCUGCUGAAUCGGUUGGGCCCUUCAACGCCAAGGCUGAGCUCAUCAACGGACGCGCGGCUAUGAUCGGCUUUGCUGCGCUCCUGGCCAUCGAGCUUGCCAAGGGUUCAGCUCUGUUCUAA